AUGCCUUGGGGCGGGGGUGCAGGCUUUCCCGGAGUCGGAAGCAGGGUUCCCAGCGGAACCGCUGAGUUGGGCUCUAAGACUCCUCCUCCCCAGCCUUGCCGACACCGCAAGCAGCACGGACUACGUUACCCAGUGUCCUUCGCGCGGACCUGGAAUCUUCAUGGAGAGUCUCUUUUUCUGUCUCUCCCAGGUGAUGUCAGCAUGGCCGAGCUACUGGCCUCCCCAGUGGACCCUCUAGAGGAAUCUUUACCUGCCUUGCAGAAGCUUCCCUCCUCUUCUUCUAACAUAGCCCAGGAUUUCCUGGAGGAAGAAUUAAGACUGAAUGCUGAGCUGGACAAGCUACAGUUCUCAGAGCCUGUGGGCUUUAUUUAUAAUCCCUUGAAAUAUGCCUUGGAGCUUCACCGAAACUAUGUCACCAGAUACUGCCAAGGUCCCAAGGAAGUGCUGUUUUUGGGCAUGAACCCAGGGCCCUUUGGCAUGGCUCAGACUGGGGUGCCAUUUGGGGAAGUGUCUGUGGUCCGGGACUGGCUGGGCAUUGUGGGGACAGUGUUAACCCCACCCCAGGAACACCCCAAGCGGCGGGUGCUGGGGUUGAACUGCCCACAGUCAGAGGUGAGUGGUGCUCGCUUUUGGGGCUUUUUCCGUGGCCUCUGUGGGCAACCCGAGACCUUCUUCAGACGCUGCUUUGUCCACAACCUAUGUCCUCUUCUUUUCUUGGCCCCUACUGGGCGCAAUCUCACACCUGCGGAGCUUCCUGCCAAACAGAGAGAGCAGCUACUGGGAGCCUGUGAUGCUACCCUGCGACGCCUAGUGCAACUGCUGGGUGUUCGCCUGGUGGUAGGAGUGGGGCGGCUGGCAGAGCAGCGGGCUCGCCGCGCACUGGCAGACGUGGCGCCUGAGGUUCAGGUAGAAGGGCUCCUGCACCCUUCUCCCCGAAGCCCACAGGCAAACCGGGGAUGGGAUGCUGUGGCCAAAGAACGACUAAAGGAAUUGGGCCUCAUGCCUCUGUUGACAGUUGAGUGAAGUGCCCAAAAUAUGCCCAUUCCUGGGCUGAAGACAAUAGGGAAAGCCAGCGUUCCCAGGCAUAGAAAUUUCAUCGUUGAACGUGAGAAGACAAUAUGCCAGCUGGACUGAACAUACACGUAAUAAGGUGCUAUUUGUAUAUGUGACAUCCUGACCAGAUCCAUCUAGGGAACUGGAAAAUGUUUACUUUCAUUCUCUGAAUUCUUUGUAUUCUUUCAGUCAUAACACUAUCCUCACUCUCCCUUCUAUUUCAGUGCCUCUCCUCAUUUGGGUCCUUCCUCUUUGAGUUUGGUACCCAUACACUACAGGGAGCUGGCAAGUAGAUGCUUCCCCAGAUAACAUGGUACCUUUUAUCUCUUCCUCCUCAUUGGCGGUCUGGCCAAUGGAGAUGGCAUUGGCACCUAUAGCGGAUUAACGUGCUAUUCUCAGAGAAAGGUCCCAACCAGAAGCCAUGGCUAUUUGUAGGAAGCUUUGGUCUUGCCCUUUUAGGACAUGGGUGUGAGAAAUGGGCAUUGUUGCAAAGGAGGGAUCAAGGUUAGACUUGGAGAGGACAUUCUGACCCUUGAGGGUUGGAGGCACUGAAAUACACUACCAAGAGGGGGGACAUCUCUGUUCUUGAAGAUCAUACCUUCAUAUUCACACUUUGUGGUAAAGAACUGCUCUGCUCAGGUGCACCUGAUGACCUCUAGAAAACCCUUUUCAGCCUGAAAACUUAUUUCUGGAUGCAUUA